AUGCGGGGUUGUGUUUCCACACUGGCGGCCUUUGCCGCAUUGGCGGUGACGGUUACGGUUGUAUACGGCAGUUUCCCGACGAGUUUUCUUCCUCUUGAACGGACUAUACCUCUUAACCACCGAGUUGAACUGACGACACUCAGAGCUCGCGACAGAGCUCGUCACGGUCGAAUCUUGCAAGAUACUGGCAUUCUCGACUUCUCAGUCCAAGGAACCUCCGAUCCUUACUUAGUUGGGCUGUAUUUCACGAAAGUGAAGAUGGGUUCUCCUGCCAAAGAAUUUUACGUUCAGAUUGAUACUGGAAGUGAUAUCUUGUGGCUUAAUUGCAAUACUUGCAAUAAUUGUCCUCAAUCUAGUGGCUUAGGGAUUGAGCUGAAUUUCUUUGACACGGCUAGCUCGUCCACUGCUGCACUGGUUUCCUGCUCGGAUCCGGUGUGUUCUUAUGCGGUUCAAACUGCCACGAGUCAGUGCUCAUCUCAGGUUAAUCAAUGCAGCUACACCUUUCAGUAUGGAGAUGGAAGUGGGACAUCCGGUUAUUAUGUUUAUGACACUAUGUAUUUUGACGUGAUCAUGGGGCAGUCUAUGUUCUCUAACUCUUCUUCUACCGUCCUUUUUGGUUGUAGCACUUAUCAGUCUGGGGAUUUGGCUCGGACAGAAAAGGCGGUUGAUGGAAUUUUUGGGCUUGGUCCUGGUGCUUUAUCUGUUAUAUCACAAUUGUCCUCACGAGGCAUGACACCCAAAGUGUUCUCUCAUUGCUUAAAAGGAGACGGCAAUGGAGGAGGUGUACUGGUUCUUGGUGAAAUUUUGGAGCCAAAUAUUGUUUAUACUCCACUUGUCCCAUUACAGCCUCAUUACAACUUAAAUCUUCAAAGCAUUGCUGUCAAUGGACAACUUCUCCCAAUCGAGCAAAAUGUAUUUGCAACAGCUAACAACCGAGGAACUAUAGUUGAUUCUGGUACUACAUUGGCAUACCUUGUUCAAGAAGCUUAUGAUCCCUUUCUCAAUGCUAUAACAACCACUGUGUCACAGUUUUCCAAACCCAUUAUUUCCAAAGGAAAUCAGUGCUAUCUCGUCCCAACCAGCCUAGGUGAUAUAUUUCCUAAAGUCAGUUUCAAUUUCAUGGGUGGAGCAUCCAUGGUUUUAAAACCAGAACAGUAUCUUAUACAUUAUGGUUUCCUGGACGGUGCUGCAAUGUGGUGCAUUGGUUUCCAAAAGGUGCAGAAGGGAUUCACGAUUUUAGGAGAUCUUGUCCUAAAGGAUAAGAUAUUCGUAUACGACUUAGCUAAUCAACGAAUUGGGUGGACCGACUAUGAUUGUUCCUUGUCUGUAAAUGUCUCUGUGGCUACAAGCAAGAGUAAGGAUGCAUACAUCAAUGCAGGACAGAUUAGCGUCAGCUCCUCGCAUGAUGGUUUUCUCCCCAAGUUGCUACUUAUAAGCGCUGCGGCUUUUCUUUUGCAUAUAGUACUUUUCAUUGAGCCCCAGAUUUUGUAG